AUGUCAUGUUUAUGGGCCGUAAAAGGGUCUCCUAGUGGUGAAGUAGAUCGGAAACCGGCCCUGGACUUGCCUCGCAUCAUGACUGAGGGCUGGGACUCGAUUGAUAUUGGGACACUGAGGAGCAUGCGUGCACGGCAUGACUUCCCUAUUGCCCUUGCAUUUGCGGCAUCUUCGCCAAACCUUCGUUAA